GUUGAUCUCACUGUCCACUGGUGUCUUGGGACAACUGUCAGCAGAGCAAGAAGAGAAGGUCUCCUCCGGUGUGGCCUUGUCCUUCUCACUGUGCCUCUGUCCCUGCUUGACCUUUCUCUCCGAAGGGAGACAUCAGUGAAUCCUCCACAGUCCCGCUGCUCACUGCCGCGUUUGACUUUAUUUCCUGCUUUGUUUAUCACCAAGAAAACAGCUGCAGAUGGUAAAAGACAGGAGAUCAUUGUUCUGGAUUCCAAGAGGAGCAACGCUAUCAACAUCGGCCUGACAGUGCUGCCCCCUCCAAGGACGAUCAAGAUAGCCAUUUUGAACUUUGAUGAGUAUGCCUUAAACAAAGAAGGGAUUGAGAAAAUUCUGACCAUGAUUCCAACCGAAGAGGAGAAGCAGAAAAUCCAGGAAGCUCAGCUGGCUAACCCUGACGUGCCCCUGGGCAGUGCUGAGCAGUUCCUCCUCACGCUGUCCUCCAUCAGUGAGCUCUCAGCUCGGCUCCACCUCUGGGCAUUCAAAAUGGAUUAUGAAACCACAGAGAAGGAAGUGGCCGAACCACUUUUGGACCUGAAGGAAGGAAUAGACCAGUUGGAGAACAAUAAAACUCUGGGCUUCAUCCUGUCCACUCUCCUCGCCAUUGGGAACUUUCUAAAUGGAACCAAUGCCAAAGCAUUUGAGUUAAGCUACCUCGAGAAAGUUCCAGAAGUCAAAGAUACAGUGCACAAGCAGUCCCUUCUCCAUCACGUGUGCACCAUGGUAGUGGAAAACUUUCCAGACAGUUCAGAUCUGUACUCAGAGAUUGGGGCCAUCACCAGGUCAGCCAAGGUCGACUUUGAUCAACUUCAGGAUAAUUUAUGUCAGAUGGAGAGAAGAUGCAAAGCUUCCUGGGAUCACCUCAAGGCAAUUGCAAAACAUGAAAUGAAACCAGUUCUAAAGCAGCGGAUGUCAGAGUUCCUGAAAGACUGUGCAGAACGAAUUAUAAUUUUAAAGAUUGUCCGGAGGAUAAUUAACAGAUUUCACUCCUUUUUGCUCUUCAUGGGCCACCCCCCUUAUGCAAUUCGAGAGGUGAACAUCAACAAGUUCUGCAGGAUCAUCAGUGAGUUUGCACUAGAGUAUCGCACGACCAGGGAAAGGGUCCUGCAGCAGAGACAGAAGCGGGCCAACCACAGAGAGAGAAAUAAGACGAGAGGAAAGAUGAUCACCGACUCUGGCAAGUUCUCUGGCAGUUCUCCUGCAACACCAAGCCAGCCACAGGGUCUGAGCUAUGCUGAGGAUGCGGCUGAACAUGAGAACAUGAAGGCUGUCUUGAAAACAUCAUCUCCUGCUGUGGAGGAUGUCACCCCUGUGCUUGGUGUCCGCACUCGAAGCCGGGCAAGCAGAGGAUCCACUGGCUCAUGGAAUAUGGGAACUGAUGAGUCACCUAAUGUCACGGAUGAUGCCGCUGAUGAGAUCAUGGACCGUAUUGUCAAAUCGGCCACCCAGGUACCCAGUCAGCGAGUGGUACCACGGGAAAGGAAGCGUUCCAGGGCCAACCGCAAGUCUUUACGAAGGACCUUGAAGAGUGGCCUGACUCCAGAAGAAGCCAGAGCCCUGGGCCUGGUUGGCACAUCUGAACUGCAGCUGUGACUUUCUUUAGGCCCUCAGAAGUAUGCUGAGCAGAGAACCCACUCUGGCUAGACCCGCCCCUCUCAGCAGGGGUAGGGAGACUGACUUGAACAUCUGAUGGUUCUGAACUGAGAGCUCAUUUCUGGGUGUUACACUGCUUGGGUCAUCGCUGAGCAUCAACGUGGAUCUCCAGGAAUCUCCUGCAUGUACUUUCUUUAUCAAGUCAGCGUGUUUUUCUUGUUACCUUGAUACCUGGUUUAUUAGUUCUAAGUGUGACACCUUUUCUAGGAAGCAACAGUCCUUGUAAGGAACAAAUCACUCCUGUCACAGUUGUUAUGAUAACACGAGGCCAUGUGAUUAGACUCAGAAACAGAGUCUCCUCAACAACAAAAAGUCCAUAUAUAAAUGCCAAUGUUGGACACAAAAGCAAGCACAGAUUGUCUACCAGUUGUGGAUUUUAGAUGUACUAAAUGUUUAUAUAAACUCAUAAAUGUACACCAUGUUUCAACUACUAAAUAAACAGAGUUUAAUGUCA